GCGUUUACGACCUAUGAUUUUAAUGCGGGAAUCGACGAAGCAGUUCCACCAUGGAUGAAACUAGACUGGAGUCCUGAAAUAGAGCGAGCAAUUUACAAGGAUUGGGCAAAAUAUUACUCCCGGAGACGCAGGGAAAAUUAUGCCAUGCACUAUUAUGAUAAAGCAUUUACUCUCGCCCCAGAAGAUUUUAUGACCCUUUACUAUCGAAGUCAAUGUCACCGUAAAAUUGGUAAGACCAACGCAGCUCUAGCAGAUUGUAAGAAAGCGCAAAAGAUUGUUCAGAGGUCACUUCCGGAAAAUUAUCCAAUUAACCUGGAAAUUUGCGAUGCCAUUUACGAAUUAAAUCAAUUUGAAAACUUUAAAGCUGAAGUCCAUAAUAACACACGCCUUUUUUCGAGUAACAAAUCGAAAUCUUUUGAAGAUCGACUGAUCGUGGUUGAUGGGAAUAUAGAAGAUACUCUAGGAGAUGGGUUAAGCCCUUUUAUUUUAGAGAACGAAAAACUUAUUAACCAUAUGAGAGAAGUUAUUAAUGAUGAAAUGAAGGUUGAUGAGCGCCCGCUCUGGAAAAUAUUAAAAGAACAGGACAAAUGCGAUAUUCUGAGUGUUCCUGAGAUCGAAGAAAAACUCUUGUCUCCCCGUGAAAUGGCAAGAAAACGUCGUGCUUUUAAUUUAUGUAAUCAAGUUUACUUGGAUAGAUCAUGGGCAGACGUCGUUUUCUUAAAAAAUUUAAGAACCAACCCAACCGUACUUAUGGAGCAAUGCAAAAAUUCAGAUACAUUCUUGGGCACACUAACUGUGAAGCAAUAUGAAGUGAUUAAAAGAUUUUUGAAAAUGAUGCACGCCCGAUCUCCGAUGUAUUUCAUGCGAUAUAAAAAGUAUACUAACAAGGCUCUGUUAGACAAAUUCCGGGAGGCCCUUCUCAAUCGUGUUCAAUACCAAACUCGUCGAAAUAUGAAUUCAGUGUUAAGAACCAUAAGACGUCUUCGCACCGAACAAAAUUUAACGAAACUUUCAAAAUAUGUUGAGGACGUUAUGGGAGAAUAUGUGGUACUGAAAACUAAUCGAAUAAUGCCAUGGAAAUUUGAAUUUCUUAAUGAAGUAUAUAAUACAUUGGCAUUGGCAUUGGCCGAGCAAUAUCACAUUCCGACAAACUUUCGUGAGAAUGAUAAGAAUGCUCUUCUUAACCUUUUACACCUUGAUACGGAUAAAUUAAAGGAUAUCCCCGAGUUCGUGUUUGGAGACCGUUCCACAUAUCAGAGCGCAAUUAUAUUGGAUUCUGGCAUGACGAGAUCCAGGCGACAGAUAUUGCGACUUGAAAAUCGCAUGACAUUUGCAAGAUACUCGAUUGAGAAAUGCUAUUUACUUCAUCAAAUUGCUAGUAUUCACCUUGAGUCAAACCACUAUGAUGAGUGCUAUUUUAUCGCUCGAAAGGCGAUUGAAGAAACUAAAAAUUGCAACAGCAUUAUAUGGAGCUUUCUCAGCACCAUUCUUAUUGCAAAAGCUAAUGCCUCCCUUAACAAAAGUGAACGUGUAAAGGAGGAUUUGAAAUGGGCACUUCAAAUUGCCAAGACCCUCGACUCAAAUGAUCUCACUGAAUUUGUGGAAAUGUGUAUUUCUUGUAAUGAGCCUAAUAUUUGUUCGAAAGCUUCCAGCUUACCUGUAAGUAAACGGGGAAGCAGAGCCUCGUCUUUGCCCUCAGGCUUUCAAGUGAAAAUCUAAGUGUGAUUGUUUCUUUUCACUUUUGACACAAAUAAAAAAUCCAAAUUUUCAGUGUACAAAA